GAACAGCCCGCCAGAAUGGUGUCCACCAAGCGAUCUGGAAGUUCUUCGUCGGUUCUCGCGGCCCUUCGAAUCGUCAGUGUCCUGUUUCUGGUGUGUCAACUAGUGCUGCGAAGUGAUGCUCAGGCGUUCUACCGGCGCUCAGCGGAUGAUCUGGACAAAGCCCAGUUGGAGCUCCUUCGCAAUGCGUUCAACGCGUUCGAUCAGGAGAAGAAAGGAUGUAUCGGCACGCAGAUGGUCGGUACGAUCCUCAGCAUGUUGGGCCACCAGCUUGACGACAAGAUGCUGAAGGAGAUCAUCGACGAGGUCGACGCCGACGGUUCCGGCGAACUUGAAUUCGAGGAAUUCGUCACGCUAGCGGCCCGGUUCAUGGUGGAGGAGGAUGCCGAAGCGAUGCAGCAGGAGCUUAAGGAAGCCUUCCGUCUGUACGAUAAGGAGGGCAACGGCUACAUCACCACUGCUGUGCUGCGCGAAAUCCUCAAAGAGCUGGACGAUAACCUGACCAACGAGGAUCUGGACAUGAUGAUCGAGGAAAUCGAUUCUGAUGGUUCCGGAACCGUGGACUUUGAUGAAUUCAUGGAAGUCAUGACUGGUGGCGAUGACUAAGCAUCAGCACUGGCAGCUUUACCGAAAACAAUUCUUUUGCAAUUAUCUCAAAACUAAAAGAAACAAAAAACAAAUCAGAAACAUGCCUUCGUAAAAGUUUCUUUCCGUCAGUAUACACACUAAGAUCUACACACUCGGAGUAGUCCUCCUGGCCUCCUGAAACCUUCUAAGCUGCUUCCUAAGAAGGCCGGCCCCUGGAUCGGACGAAGCCGAAGCGUCGAAACACAUCCGUUGCUGCUAUAAGGUUGUUCAAAGCAUACAUUCUAUCGUCGUUCCGUUCUACGUUUGUAUCGACGCGGUUGGUAUUCGACGGUUUUCCGGCAACCGUCAGGGCGCUCUGAGCUUCUGUUAUUGGAACAAUAUUUUUCAACAAAAAAACGGGUUGUUGGUUUGCGGCAAAUGCGAUGGUGAUGUUGAUCUUCUAGUUUCUAAGCGAGCAGUGCAGUGCAAAUAAUCUGAAGAACCAAUAAACAACACAGACAAAAAACUGGGCA